CAGCUUGGGAGCAAAGGUUUUACCGGUGCUAUUUUUCUGAAGCGCUUGGGAUUGGAACGAUCGAUUCAAAUCAAUCUUUAUUACGGUCAUAACCAGCAUAAAGAUUGGAGAGAAACUUGAUUAUUUCAGAGAUGAGCAACCAAGGAAAAACUCAAAGAGGGAUCUUAUCUUGCAUAGAAUCUCCCCCAUCAUCAAAGAAGAGUCGUAAUCAUAACUAACCGGUUGUAAUUAUUGUAAUUGCAGCUGCUGUCACCUGGAAUCCCCUUUGGACUUUUGGCCUAAAUCUUUGGACUUUUUUAAACUCUCUCUCUCUCUCUUUUUUUUUUUUUUAAAUCAGGUGAUGAUCCCCGCAGCGUCCUCUCCAUUUGGGAAAAGUGACACGAAGGAAGCAGUGGUGGAAAAAUUGUAAUAAUCGGAGGAUUAAUUACGACCGGGAGCCUGCUUUUCUCACAGCCAAAAUGAUGCGUUGGGUGGGCCUCCUUUCAUUCUCCGUCGUAUUCCGGCUGUUUUUUGACCUGCCCUGGGUUCAAAUUGUGCCAGCCCUUCUCAUAUUCUACUUGGGCUCCGGUGGAUGGAAGUUCCUCCGCAUUUUCGCCAAGACCAUCAAGCGAGAUGCUAUGACUGCCAGGACCGUCCUGUCAACCCGGCUGAAGAUCUGGUGGCACGUGAAACACGGGGCCACCAUCCCCAAGAUCUUCCAGCAGACGGUGCGCAGACACCCGGAGAAGGCGGCCCUUGUCUUCCAAGGCACGGGAGAAACGUGGACCUUCCGGCAGCUGGAUGACUAUUCCAACCAGGUGGCCAACUUCUUCUACGAGCAGGGAUUCCGCUCGGGGGACGCCAUCGCCCUCUUCAUGGAGUCCUGCAACCAGUACGUGGGCCUCUGGCUCGGACUGGCCAAGAUCGGGGUAGAGGUGGCCCUCCUGAACUCCAACGUGCGGCAAGAUUCCUUGGUUCACUGCGUCAAAAUCUCCCACGCCAAGGCGGUCAUCUUUGGAAGCGAGCUGGCUGAAGCCUUGCGGGACGUCCAGCCCUCCCUGGAGAAAUCCAUCUGUCUCUUCUGCUCCGGGGAUCGGCAGACCGCCAACUCCCUGCCUGGGGUGGAAGAUCUUGACUCUCUGAUUGAGAAAGCCCAACACCAGCCCCCCAACCCACCAGACAAGGGAUUCCUCGAUAAACUCUUCUACAUUUACACGUCUGGAACGACUGGUUUGCCCAAGGCAGCCAUCAUCGUCCACAGCAGGUAUUUCCGGAUGGCGACGCUGGUCUACGGGGGCUUCCGCAUGACGCCCGACGACGUGAUUUAUGACAGCCUCCCACUCUACCACGCGGCAGGGAAUAUUGUCGGAGUCGGGCAGUGUCUCCUACAUGGAAUGACGGUUGUGAUCAGGAGGAAGUUUUCGGCCUCUCACUUUUGGGACGAUUGUGUCAAGUACAACUGCACGAUCGUACAGUACAUCGGGGAGAUCUGCCGGUACUUGCUGAACCAGCCCUCGAAAGCAGUGGAGCGUCAGCACCGGGUUCGAAUGGCGCUGGGGAAUGGCCUGCGGGCCUCCAUCUGGAAGGAGUUCAGCGAACGUUUUGGCAUCCCUCAGAUUGCCGAGUUCUACGGCUCCACCGAGUGCAAUUGCAGCGUCGGGAAUUUUGACAACAAGCUGGGGGCCUGUGGCUUCAACAGCAGAAUCUUCCCCCACGUUUACCCCAUCAAGCUCGUCCAGGUGAACGAAGACACCAUGGAGCUGAUCCGGAGACCAGAUGGGCUCUGCAUGAGGUGUGAGCCAGGAGAACCGGGCCAACUGGUCGGGCGCAUCGUCCAAAGUGACCCCUUGCAGCGUUUUGAUGGCUACCUCAACCACGAGGCCAACAACAAGAAGAUCGCCCGAGAUGUCUUCACCAAAGGCGACUCUGCCUACCUCUCAGGGGACGUCCUGGUGAUGGACGAACUGGGCUACCUCUACUUCCGCGACCGCACCGGCGACACUUUCCGCUGGAAGGGCGAGAACGUCUCCACCACGGAGGUGGAGGGCACCCUCAGCCGCAUCCUCAGCAUGGCGGAUGUGGUGGUGUACGGCGUGGCCGUGCCAGGCACGGAAGGGAAAGCCGGCAUGGCUGCCGUGGUAGAUAAGGAGCACUCGUGCGACUUGGAGAGGUUUGCUGCAGAAAUGAAGAAAUCGCUACCCGCCUACGCCCGGCCCGUCUUCCUGCGGUUGCUGAAGGAAGUGCACCAGACAAGCACUUUCAAGUUCCAGAAAGUCGAUCUGCGGAAAGAAGGAUAUGAUCCUACGGUGGUAAAAGAUAAAUUAUUCUACUUGGACCCUCGCGAAUGCCGCUAUAAGCCAUUGGAGGAAGAAGCCUUCGGAAAGAUCCAGUCGGGACAGAUCAAAUUGUAAAAAAAGGGGAUGCCUGUAUGAAAUCAAAAGGACAUUUUCCCCGCCUCCUCGAAAACUCAUCCCAUCCUUUGGUCCGAGGACUGGGAUUACGAUGGGGUUGGAAAACUGGAAACAGCCAAGUCGAAAUCACCAUUAGUGUUUCCCGAAAAAGCCACUGCAAAAAUUCAUUCAUUUUUUUUUUUAAUCGUGUGAUUUCCAGCAGCGUGGAUAAUUUUACGUAGCGCUGGCUUUACCAAAGCACAGAUGAUCCUACUGCUUUCUUUUCUCCUGUUGGGGAAGGGUGGAUCUCUAGUGGAUCUCGCAAGGACUCUCUUUCUUUGUCCCUUAGCUGGGACUCCAAAGCUCAUCACCACCCUCCCUGUUUAAGGAGGACGGUGGUUGGGGUAAACCACCAACAGCUGCAGUGUUGGGAAUGACCACCAAGGGGCAACAUUGCACUGUCUUUCUCUGCUGAUCAGUCAUUAUAUUUAUUUUAAAGGGCAGUUUAAACUCUAUUUUUAAUUUUUUUUUUUUUUUUUUUUUACGGGUUGCUAUUUGCAAAGCACAAAAGAGCCAGCCUGAACGAGGAAGGUGCUUAUUCUACCCCAACUCGGCUUUUUUUCAGGAUCAUCAUAAUUAUUAUUAUUUUGGACUUGCUUUAUCUAUCUUUUAAUCAACUCGGGGAGGUGUUUUCCGAAAUGGUGGUGGGAUUUUGCCUUCCAAAGUCAGACCUUCGAACACUUGGGGGGGUGCGGGGGUGAGUCUCGCUGAAAGAGCA